AUUACAGUAAAAUGGCGGACGAAGAUGAAAUUGACGUAUUGGGAGAUUUUUCUUUUAAUUCUUGUUUUGCGCAAAAUAAUCAAGGAAUCCCUUCGUGUUCAAGUCGCGAGGAUACAGUUCACCCGCAGUGGCUUCUCGACUCUACUGCAACCAACUGGUAUGAUAUCCAGAAUAAAGUUUUGAAUAGGGAGCAGCAUACACCAACAAAACCUACAUCACGGAAUAGUUCCAUAGAGAGAGAGAAAAUUGAUGUGUACACAGCAUGGACUGCACUUGAGAGAGACACUCUAGAAAAAGAAAUGGCAAAAUAUGGUAGAAAUAUUCGGAAAAUAUCACAAACAUUAACAACAAAGACAGAAGUGGAAAUUCAAGCUUUAAUUGAGGCUGAAUAUGGUAUUCUUCUUGAUACUCCUACAUUUGUUUUGGAGGGUGAAGAGCCCGAUGGUGUGCCAUCUGUUGUUCAAGAGGAAAUAGUGAUGGAUGAUGCUACAAAUAUAAUUGAAAUGAGCCCAAAUACAAAAUCGAAAGUUUUGAACAGAAAAAAGAAAUAUGUUAAGUCCAAGAACAGUUUAUUAAAACCUGAUGUAUUUGAUAAUGCAAAGGUUAACACUGUGGAUAUAGAUCCUAAAGAAAUAUUCUAUGAUGAUGACUUAAUGAUAGGAUCUACUGAGUCUAUAGGGUCUGAUAUGGACUUAACUGAUAUUGUAUCAAAAAAUAUAGAGAAAUAUCAAAAGGCAAAAGUUAGCAAGAAAUUGGGUAACCAUAGAAGGAAAGUGUCUGGCAGUGAUAAAAAUAGGCAAAGGAGUAAAUCUAAAGAACUCAUGAAGUCGCCUCAAGGGAGGCAAAGGAAGGAUUCAAGUCUGUCUGAAGAGAGUAAAAGUCCUAGAAUGCAAAUAAUUUUAGGUUCAGGGCAGGCAUUGCCGCUAUCAGAAGGGGAGCAAGUGAUAAAAAUUGAGAAAAAGAAAGAUUCAGAGCCAGAAAGUGAUAUAGAAGUGGAUGUUGAUAGUGACAAUGAUUCUACCAGGAGCAGAUCAAAAAGCAAUUCAACAAUUUCCAAAUGUGCUGAUGAACCACCAAUAUCAGAGUCUCACAGGAAGUUUGAACCAAUGCCUAAGAGGCAGAAGAAAAUUAUGACUUUGGCGGGAGAUGGCGGUUACACCAUAAUGCACACGGCGGCGGGUGACUUGGUGGCCGUGGGGGCUGAGCCGCGUCGAAGGCCGCCGCGACGACCCCCGCGGCCUCACCUGCAGCCCGUACCGCUGCUACCCUGCCGCGUCUACAACGCAGACAGGCCGGCUCCAUUUUGUGUACGCAUGCACGUGUCGGCGUUGAUCAGUAUGGACACGCACGCGCACACGUCGCGCGCCGAGGUCAUGGGGCUACUGGGGGCCGCCCCCGCCGCCCCCGCCGCCCCCACAGCCCCCGCGGCCCCCGAAGCCGUCACGCUCGCGCGGUACCAGCCUGCAGCAGCUGCCGCCGAGCUCACCCACUGUGAUAUGGACCCCGUUUCAGCGGCGGCGGCGGCUGCGGCGCUGGGCGGCGGCGCGUGCGGUUGGCACCACUCGCACCCCACGUUCGGGGCGGCGCCCUCGGACCGCGACCUGCGCACGCAGCGCCGCCUGCAGCGCGCGCUCGAGCGGGGCGCUCCCUUCCUGGCGCUCAUCACCUCGCAGCACUGGCCCGUCGGACGCACCGCCUCGCACUACCGCUGUAUUCGCGUAGAAGAAGAAGAAGGUGACGAGGAUAAUCCAGUCGGGUACCAGCUAAGCGUAAAACUGAUUCCUGACCUCACCCUGGACAACCUGCCCGGGUACCUGGAAGAGAUUGUCUCGAUCUUGUGCUACGAGACGGAUAGUAAUCACAGUCAGUAUAUGAUUGACGUCGCGAAUGAUGUCUGCCCGCAGGCGAAGAUGACUUAUUUAGAAAAGUGUAUUUCCAGUAUAUCACACCACAUGCGCUCCGCUGGCUACGAAGACCAGGAUCCCGUCGUGAAGCAGCUAGUACAGGGAAUCCGGGACAUCUUCAGAUAACAUAAACCUGACCAUUAGCUGGUUUACAAUUGUUAAUCAUUGCAGAAAUUGACAAUUUGUCAAAAGCAAUGAAUGAUUUAAUCUCUGUUUGGAAGCUGAGACGAUGCAACUUGUUUUGUUCAAGAGUUUAACACGCGGUUUUGUUUUAUAAUCUUACACGUUAUUGAUGCUUUUCUUAAUAAUGUAACAAGAUUGUAAUAUAAACUUAUUAUGUUCUUGACAACCAUAACAAAUACUGUCUGUCGACAGCCACCUAAUAGAGUCAUCAAUCAUC